CGGGCGGGGCUCAAAGUUGGCCACGCCUUUUUAAAAGCCACACCCCUACAUGGAUGCCUCAUGGUAUUGGAGAUUCCAAAAUCUGAGUGGAUCACAUUAAGUCAUAAAGAGAGACGAAGAUUAAUAAAGAAAGAGAAGAGACGGAGACUGAGACAGAAAAUAGCACAAGAUAGAGCUGAAGCUGAAGAAGAGUUUGAGAGAUUAAAGCUUCAACCGGAAUACGCCGAAAAGCUAGCAGAAGAAGAAAGGAGAGUUCAAAAGGAAGAGGCCGAGAGGCAGCUGCAGUACGAAGCUUGGCUAGAAAGAGACAGAAAGAGUCACGCAGAGUUUUGCGAAAAGAGAGAGAAAGAGGAACAGAAAUUAAGAGAGAGAGAGGAAAGAGAGAGAAUGAUAAGAGAAGAGUGGGAAGCUCUCGAACGGAAGGAGAAACAAGCAAAAGAAAAUAAAGAGAAAGCAAAGAGUAAGAAAGAGGAAUUGUUAGAAAAAGCAUUAUCAGAGAUUGACCAAACAAUGCAAGAGCAAGGAAACCUUCUAGAUGUACACAUGCCGUGGCACAACCCGUAUGCUCCAAUAGACAUGGCAAAGGUUGCCAAGGCCAUGAACCUCCUAGACGAUGACAAUGAGAAGACAGAGAAGCAAGGGCAUGGAGAAGAGAAUCAGGAACAACCGCCUCAGAAGGACAACUAUGGGACGGAAAAGGAUAAGAUUAAUUGCCCGUUUUUUAUAAAGACGGGUGCCUGUCGCUAUGGUGACCACUGCUCCCGAGUCCAUCCGAUUCCAAACAGCAGCACCACCUUGAUUAUACGUGGGAUGUACAACCACGUCGUGCUGACUCAGCAGUUAUUGGACGAACACGAUGAAGACGUGGGACUAGAGAUGGAUGAUGAGGACAUGUUGAAAGAUUUCAAAGAGUUUUACCAAGAUGUGUUCCCAGAGUUUGAAAAAUUUGGUGAAGUGGUUCAGUUUAAGGUUUCCUGUAAUUACGAGUCUCACCUAAGAGGAAACCUUUACGUUCAGUAUUCAACUGAAGAAGCUUGUGCUGCGGCCAUUAAGCAAUUCAAUGGACGGUAUUAUGCUGGGAAACAGCUUUCGUGUGAAUAUUGUCCAGUAGAGAAAUGGAAGACAGCAAUUUGUGGAGAAUUUUUGAAACAAGGAAGUCAAUGCCCUAAAGGGAAGCACUGCAAUUUUCUCCACGUUUUUAAUAAUCCUGACGGCAAAUUCAACUGGAAUGAAGAUGACGGAAAUAACAGGAGAAACUCGAGACGAUCAGGAAGUCCCCGGAGAAGAUACGGAGGGAGGGAUGGAGGCUAUAGGCGCUACUCUCGUUCCCCUCCUAACAGAAGAUACUACAAAAGAGGAUCGGACUCACCCAGAGACAGGAGAAGGUCUUCUAUAUCCCCUGGAAGUAGGAGGAGAAGAUCCCCUGACUUCCCUAGCAACAGGAAGAGGUCCCCUAGCGACAGGAGGAGGUCCCCAGUGAACAGACGUGGGUCAAGGGGUCACCGUUCCCGUUCCCCUAGGGAGAGGAGGAGGAGUCCUUCUCCUUAUAGGAGGGACAGACGAGGGAGGAGACACAGUUCUUCAGAUUACUUGUCUCAUGGGCGGAGUAGCUCUUCGUACGAGAGCGACAGUGAUUUGUCUCCGGUACGUAAAGGAUCAGAGAGAGAUAAGAAGAAGGAGUCGUCGAGCAGUCGUCAUCACAAGAAGAAACACAAGAAAGAAAAGAAGAGGAGCAGUAAAAAGAAACACAAGAGAAGAGAGAGUAGUACUGAUUCUGAAAGUGACUGAUGGAACUGAAUACAUUAUACAUGUACAUGUACAUGUACAUACAUUGUAAGUGAUAAUUGGUUUCUUAUGAUUUGAGUAUUGCCAUUGUAACCAGACCUAAAAAAUAUAA